AUGUCCUACAGCAGUUAUAGCUCCAAUACAAGCAACAGAUCAUGGGUAGAGAAGCUUGAAGUUAAAUGCCGUGAAAUGGAUUUUCAAAUUCCAGAUUAUCAAAUCGUAUCUGAUAGACGAGGAGGAAGAACUGCUUGGUCCAGCACCGUUACCGUCCAGGGACAAACCAUCCCUGCGAGAUAUUGGUACGACGGGCAAUAUGUCAAGAACGCCAAAGAAGACGCAGCAGAAGUUGCCUUGAAGCAAAUCGAGGCAUCUUCACCAAGCUCACCAUCUCAAAGUCGAUCAGGAUGGUGCUAA